AGGAAAUUGGACUUAGUCAAAAAAUGAGAGUGGUAAAAAUUCACCUUUAUAUCGUAUAAUUUACAUAUCAGGAUUUUAUCCAGGUACGUUAUUCUGGUUUGUGGAAUGCUAAUUUAUACUAAGUUAGAAUAAUCUAAGCUGUAUACCAAAGUAGGUCUUCAUGGGGCUUUACGGCUCUAUGCAUCGUAAAUAGAGAUCGGGUUCAAUGCGUCGGGUGUGGGAUUCACACAAUAUAUGCUGAGCGCGAAAGUUGAUUGACAGGCGCCAUGAUGUUAUACCGGUAAACAACAUUUUGAACAUGAAUCGAGAACAGGAGUUGAAUCAGUUGAUGCAGAUAUUCUGAGGAGAAUCUUCCAGUCAUUGAAAUAUAUUUCAUGAUAGUCGUGCAGAUUCAGAAGUUGUGAUGGUGUGUUGAUAGGCUGUCUUCAACUUGCCAUAUCUGAGAGUUCCAACAUGCAGGCCUGGAUUAUUGUGUAUAAAUCACUAAUGAAGUUACUUAGUGUUAUUUAGUUUUUUUUAAAAAGAAUGACAUUUCAAUUUAUACACACUUGCCAAGUGAAUCUGAUGAGACUGCUACAUGUAUUUGGAAGAAUCAAUAAAAGAAAGUGUCAAUCUUGACCAGUUUUUCCAGCCUGGAGAUGGGAAGAUAAAACUUGUGGAGGGACAGUCGCUAUACAUUGAUUCAGUGAAGCUGGCAAUCCUGAAGAGGAAAUGCAAGAAAAAUGAAAGUAAAACUUUAAAAGCUUUGUUGGACUUUUACUUUACACCAAAGUACCUCGCAAUGCACUCUGCAACAGGAGAGAAAUCAGCAAAACCAGGCUUACCAGUGAAAGUUGUAAAUCCAAUUAGAGAUUACAUGCAACAAAGUUUCAAAGUGGAUGCCUCUACCUUAAAUGCAAUUAUCAACCGGAAGUGCUUGGAUGCAAAGAGAUCCAAAAAAUGUUGACGAUCAAUGUCUAUAUUGACUGUAAAAUCUCUUCAUAAAUACAGUAAAAAAUGUAGAGCUAAUGAAUAUGCUGUGUGUACAAACAUAAGUAGGGAGUUAUUUUGUUGCACAUAAUAUAAUAUACUAGGUGUUAAAUGAUUGAUUUUAAGUAAAAAAGUGAAUAUCACUGUACAUUUAUGCAAGUAUUUACAUGCUGCUUAAGAUUAAUGGCAUUUAUUGUUUUAAAUUUAUAUUAUGCAACUACUUCUUUAUAUAGUGAUUCAUGUCAGUUUAUCAAUACUACGAGUAAAAUUUUGUGUAACUUUUCAUUUGAAUUAAUUGUGGUGUUUUCUUAACUUUAAACAAUAUGUACAGGAUAAUUAUGAAAGUUUGCAAUAAUGUCUAUAGUUUUUCCAUAUGCCAGUAAAUUUCAGUUUUGUGUUGUUUGGAAAUUUUAUUAUCUCAGAACUUUCCACAUGUUCCUAUUAAUAUAAUGUUCAAGAAUGUAUAGAAUUAUAUUUUUAUAAUGACAUAUGUAAUUAUGUAUAAAUGUAUAGAAUUAUAUUUUUAAAAUGACAGAUGUAAAUAUAUACUGGUGUUGUAAUUUCAAUUUUUCUCCGUUG